AUGUCAGCAGGCCAUCCCACUACAGGCUACCCCAGUACAUAUGCAGAUGGCGACGAGAAGGUCUACAGCCAGCAUGACAUCCAGAAUGAGCAGAGACACCAUUCCAAGAAGGCCACUGGUUACAUGCCGAAGGAGGAUAUCCCAGACAAAGUCAACGAGAGAUACAAGUCGGAGCCUGGAUAUGCGGCCACUAUGCAUGGAAAUGAGCCCUCCAGGGGAGCAAAGAAGGAUGCUGAGAUUCAGGCUGAGGAGGAGGAGAUCAUCAACAGGAAGAAGCAGAAGACUGACUCACUGGUCGGCAAGAAGCCCCCGAAGGUGUUGGGGGUUGUCGAGUAG